AAUUCUCGUGGUGCUGUGCUGCAAUGAUGAUGACUACGGUGAGGAUGGUACAGAGCACCAUUGCUGCGAUGCCCACCGCCAGGGAGAUGAAGGAGAAGUUCCGGGCCUCGCGUGAAGCGAUCUCGGCCGACACCAUGUCUCCGCGGGCCAAGGCCGUGCGCACCUGCGGGGGAAGGGUGGAGGAAGGUCGUUUAGAGCUGUGCUGCCUCGCCAGCACGCCUCAACCCCCUCUAAGUGCUCCUCCGAAGGCCCAGGAUUCCCAAGGAGUAAGAAAAACGAGCGGGAGCAUGCUGGGGCCGGGUCCGGGGCUCCUCCCGGCGGGGCUCCUCCUCCUGUUGCCGUUCCUGACCUUGCUGCUGCCCGCAGCCCCCGCGCCCCACCGCGCGUCCUACAAGCCCGUCAUCGUUGUGCACGGGCUCUUUGACAGCUCGUAUAGCUUCCGCCACCUGCUGGAAUACAUCAACGAGACACACCCUGGGACUGUGGUGACUGUGCUCGAUCUCUUCGAUGGGAGAGAGAGCUUGCGGCCCCUGUGGGAACAGGUGCAAGGGUUUGGAGAGGCUGUGGCCCCCAUCAUGGCAAAGGCCCCUCAAGGGGUGCAUCUCAUCUGCUACUCCCAGGGGGGCCUGGUAUGCCGGGCACUGCUCUCUGUCAUGGAUGAGCACAAUGUGGAUUCUUUCAUCUCUCUCUCCUCUCCACAGAUGGGACAGUAUGGAGAUACAGACUAUUUGAAGUGGCUCUUCCCCACCUCCAUGAGGUCUAACCUCUACCGAAUCUGCUAUAGCCCCUGGGGCCAGGAAUUCUCCAUCUGCAACUACUGGCAUGAUCCCCACCAUGAUGAUUUGUACCUCAAUGCCAGCAGCUUCCUGGCCCUGAUCAAUGGGGAAAGGGACCAUCCUAAUGCCACUGCAUGGCGGAAGAACUUUCUUCGUGUGGGCCGCCUGGUGCUGAUUGGGGGCCCUGAUGAUGGUGUUAUUACUCCUUGGCAGUCCAGGUCAUCAUGAGUGAUCGAAAUGUCACCUGAACUACUUUAGUCACUCAGCAAAUAUUUAUUAAGCACUGCAUGCUCAGGCACUGUUCUGGACUGUGGGGGUGCAGUGGUAAAUGACAGAGAAGUUCUUGCUGUUAUGUAGCAUACAUUGCAGUGGGGGGGAGAGAUAAUAAAUAUAGAUAUACAUAUCAGGUGUUAAUAAAACAAGGCAGGGGAAGGGAUCAGAGGAUGCCUGGAGCCUAAUUUUAGACAAUGGCCAAAGAAGUCUUCCUGGACCAGAGUUGCCAUUUGAGCAGAGACUGAGGGAAGUGUGGGAAGGAGUAGUGUAACACUCUGGGGAAGAUGACCGAGGGUAAAGGAGUAGUACUUGCAAAGGUCCGGCGGGGCAGGUGUGAGGAAAAGGAGACCAGUAUGGCUAGAGUACAGGGAGCUGGGGAGAGGGUGGGAGAGGAGGUGAAAGAGAUAGCAGGGAGCCAGGUCUAUUGAGCCUUUGUAUGACAAAGUAAGGCCCUUGAGUUUUUUUCCCUAAAAUAUACAUAAAAUUUAUCAUUUUCAGUGUUCAGUUCCAUGCAUUAAAUACAUUCACAUUCUUGUGUAAUCAUCACCACCACCUGUCUCCAGAACUUUUUCCUUUCCCAGACUGAAACUCCACACCCCUUAGACUUAACUCCCUGACCCUGCCUCCCCCUAAUCCUGGGCAACCAUGGUCCUUGAUUUUUUAUUCUGACAUGGGAAGACAUUGGAGGGUUUUGAUUGAAAGGAGUAACAUCCCAUAUAAUAGUAAGGGAUGGGAUUCAUUUAUAUCUCAUUUUUAACCCAUGAAGAUAGUAACAGCUCAUGGCUAGAUAGCCCCUUUUACAUCCCAAGGCACUAUCCUAAGUACUUUCAAAAUAAAAAUCAUUUAAUCCUCACAAUAGUUACUAUUAUCCUCACUUGACAUGAAUGGAACCUUAGGUGCAAAGAGAGGAAAUAACUCGCCUACCUUCGGAGAGUUAGUAAGUGGUGAAGUCAGGCUGACUUAACCACAAUGUUUUACUUCCUCUCUACAGAGGAGGUGUUUUUAAUGUAGGACAAAGAAGAUAAGUAAUGUGCUCAAUCCUUCACAGUGCAGAGUGUUCAACAGAGCUGGACUUCAAAUCCACGUCUGUGUGCCCCGACUGCUCUCCUACAUCUUAGGAAAUCUAGUUCCUCGAACAUGGCCUCAGCCCAGCUCUCCCAUGUACCUAGCUGUGCCUCACUGCUGUGCUUUUGCUGUUCUGUUUACUUGGGACAGCAUUCCCCAGUCCAGGGGUCAUUGCUGGGAAGCCUUUAUUGAUGCUCCAAAUAGGACAUCAUAUUGAUGUCCAAAGAGGACAGCAGUGGCCUGUCCUCUUUGCUUCAUAGCCUAUUGGGCGUAACGCUAUUAGCAUUUGUUCAGUUAUUCAUGGCCAGUGUUCACUCAGUGCCCAUGCCAGUUAAAUAUUCAUUAAAAAUUUUUUAAGACCUUUUUAUUUUGAAAUAAUUUCAUGCUUAAGAAGUCACCAAAGAAUACAAAGCAAUCUUGUAUACUCUUCACCUACAUUUCCCAAAUGUUAACUUUUUACCAUGUUUACAUUAGCAUCCUAUAUAUAUAGUCUGUGUGUAUGUGAGCCCUUUUAAAGUAGGUUGCAGACAUGUCUCUUUACCCCUAAAACUUCAGCUUGGCAGUGUCCAUUUCCUAUAUUGAAGAUAUUCUUUUACAUAUCCACAAUACAAUUAUUAAAAUCUGGAAGUUAACAUUGAUGUGGUACUCGAUAGACCUGACUCAAAUUUUUUCAAUUGUCCUUACAGAAAAAAAAAUCCAGUGCAAGAUCCAGCCCAAGAACAUGCAUUGCAUUUAGUUAUCAUGUCUCUUCAGUCUCUUUUAAUCUGGAAUACUUUCUCAGUCUUUGUCCAUUACAUUGAUAUUUUUGAAGAACAUGGUCCAGCUGCCUUGUAGAAUGUGCUCCAGGUUCGGUUUGUUGCUAUUUCCUCAUGAUUAGAUUCAGGUUAUAUGUUUUUGAUGGGAAUUCUGCAGAAGUGCUGCCAUCUCCCGUGCGUCAGCUCAUGAAGUAUAUGGUAUCUCAUGAUUCUGCCCCCUGGAAGUUAAAUAUUGUGAAUGUCCUCUUUGCUGCCUGUCUCCUCAUCAAGCUGUGAGUUUCCUGAAGGACCCUAGCCCACCUCGAUUUUCUGCAGCUCUCCUGGUAACCCGCCCCCACUUGCUCCCAUCUCUUUGUAGCUUCUUUGGGUUCUAUGAUGAAAAUGAGACGGUCUUGGAGAUGGAGGAGCAACUG